AAUCCUUGAGCCCUAAGAGCGAGCCCAACUCGACGAAAACGAGUCCAGCCCGAACCCGUUCACAAAGAGUCUCGUUCGAGAGAGAGAAUGCUGGAGCGACGGAGGGAGGGAUCUGGGGAAGAACAGGGACUUUGUGUGUGCGCGAUUCUCGGCUUGGGCGAAAAUCAACUUAGAGAGCGAGCUCGGGCUGGGGCUGCCGUAGAAGUGGAAGGAAGAAGGAUCGAGAGGACGGUAGGGGCAUGACAGCUUGAGAGUACAGCAAGAGAGGCAGGCAGUGAGCGAGAGUUCGGGGUGGCAGUUCAUCCUGAUCUCGGCAUAGGUGCUGAAGGAUUGAAGGGAAUGGAGUCAAAUGGGAGCUCGAAACUCAGAGUAGCCAUCAUUCAUCCUGAUCUCGGCAUAGGUGGAGCUGAAAGAUUGAUAGUCGAUGCGGCGGUGGAACUGGUGAAGCACGGGCACCAUGUUCAUGUCUUCACAUCACACCUCGAUAAAAAUCGAUGUUUCGAGGAGACCCUUUCAGGCUCCUUCUCGGUCACCGUCUACGGUUCGUUCCUUCCGAGGCACAUAUUCUACCAUCUUCAUGCGGUCUGUGCCUACUUGAGGUGCAUUUUUGUUGCUCUUGGUGUACUCCUCAUGUGGCCCUUGUUUGACGUUAUAUUAGCAGAUCAGGUCUCUGCAGUCAUUCCAAUACUAAAAUGUAAGAAGUCAACCAAGGUUGUCUUUUAUUGCCAUUUUCCCGAUUUAUUGCUUGCUCAACACACAACCUUUCUUAGGAAAACGUACAGGAAGCCAAUAGACUUCGUGGAAGAACUGACCACUGGGAUGGCGGAUCUGAUCCUUGUUAACAGUAAAUUUACGGCAUCAACAUUUGCAAAGACAUUCAAAAAUCUCAAUGCCCGAAGAAUUCGGCCUGCUGUUCUCUAUCCAGCAGUCAAUGUCGAACAGUUUAAUAAGCCACACCCAUCUAAGCUGAAUUUCCUCUCAAUUAAUCGGUACGAAAGGAAAAAGAAUAUAGGGCUAGCAAUUUCAGCCUUUGCGAAGCUCUACACCCUCAAAGAGGACCUUCGGGGUGGUAAUUUGGAAAGUGCCUCCUUGACCAUUGUGGGUGGAUAUGAUAGCCGAUUGCGGGAGAAUGUUGAGUACUUAGAUGAACUUAAGUAUUUAGCCGAGAAGGAAGGAGUUUCUCGAAGGGUCACCUUCAUCACAUCCUGCUCAACAGCCGAAAGAAACACUCUCCUUUCUCAGUGCCUCUGUGUCAUAUAUACACCGACGGAUGAACAUUUCGGCAUUGUUCCUUUGGAAGCAAUGGCUGCAUAUAAACCCGUCAUUGCCUGCAAUAGUGGUGGGCCUGUCGAGACGAUCAAGAAUGGGGUGACGGGAUUUCUCUGCGACCCGACUCCAUUAGAGUUCUCAAGGGCUAUGGCCCAACUCAUUGAUAAUCCUGGAAUGGCAGAGAGAAUGGGCCUAGAAGCCCAAGAGCAUGUAACUGGAUCGUUCUCUACGAAGAUAUUCGGUCAGCAUUUGGACCGGUAUCUUGUUGAUGUCACUCGACAGAAGAUGGACUAAGAGUAGUUUGAUAAUACUGACUCCAGUUUCUAUCCUCUUGUGAAGAAAAUACGUUGUUCAUGUUUUGGAGAAUCGCAUACUCAUCAUAGAUUGAAUGUUUAAAUUGGAUUUUGAUUAGGAUGACCAUGAAAUUGGUGUUUUUGAUCAUCAAACUUUUAUCUAUGGAGACCGUUCAAUUA